CUGAAGUCAUAAGAGUGCGAGUUGGAGUGAGGGAAUGAGUAUUGCACGCAAAGCAGAAAAGAGCUGAAACUGCGCAGAUUAUUUUUUGCUUUAACUGUCGACCAACGAGAGGUGCGCGACAAUCAAGAGAACCAACACAUUCUCACCUCAUCGAAACUUGGUACUUUAUUACAGUUCGGUGGUGCUGCUGCUGCCAGUGACGCGCGCGGCUUCCAGUUUUGGUCUACUCCGUUAGAUGAUGGGGAUGACGCGACGACCUCCUACACGCAGGGCACAAUAAAGUAGCCCUCACACCUGGACGUGCGGCGAACUUCGAGAGAGUAUCAGUGGAGCAUACAGGAAGAGGACAACUGAAACUGUAUCAAUAUGCCAGCCUCGAAUAUAUGAUCUACGCUUUCUUACUUUGAGUAUCUUAUUUGUCCCGCGGUGGAUGAUAAUCUAACGGUUUGGUUGUGGGAAUAUGCUCACUACGGAUACCUGUUUUGGUCUCGCUUUGUGGCACACAUAAGGAUUCUAUCCAGGAUGUUACUGUCUAAACGGCCCAGGUGUCAUUGGGCCAUCGUAAAUCACACAUCACACUCUGCGCAGAGCAGGGGAUUCUGCUCUUUCUAGGAAUAAGACAACACAUUCCCUCUCAAAAAGUGGAAUCAAAGCUGCACUUUGCUGGAGGACAUUGACAUUGGCUAUACAAGUCAUCAUCUCCGGGUUACUAUGCAAUUACAACUGAUCUCCUUUGUUUUGAUCUUGCACUGCAUGGAAUACACUGAUUGUCAGCAGCACCCCUCCAGGCACCGGCAACAUCAACGUGAGUAAAGUAAGCCCGCGCAUGCAGUGAGGUGCUCGUGCGCACACAUGCACCUGGUCUCUGUUCCAUUCAACACUACUGGAGUUUUGUAGUGCCUAUCAUACAAUUUGACAUAAGUCUUUUCAUGUAGAUAUAUAAAUAACAGAACAAUACGGGCACUGUAUCAUCGUUAACCGAUAUGAUUUGAACUACACAUACUUGACAAUGAAUUUUACAAUGAAAGAUCAUAGUAUGGCUUUAGGAAAUAUGCCUAAUUGGGGUGGAAUGCUUUUUAGUUGAGGUGGAGAUGUAAUAACAUAAUCCUGUGGUUCAAUCUCUAUUACGAAAUAUGAAACUUCACAUAUAUUAAUUUGGCAAAACAAUGUUGAUAGGGUGGGUAGCCUAUAAUUUAUAUGAUACCGUUUUUUUAAGUACAGCCCGCAUUUAGUUAUAAUCGAGGACAACUCAAUCAAUCUAAAAAUGUGUUGUUAUCAAAUCAAUAUGUAAUUUAAAUUCAUAAACUUGUAUUUUAAUCACUAGGCAAGACUGAGUGCCUCUGUGGAACUCACUAUAUUGUGUCUACGAAAGCAAUAGGCACACGUUAAGUCUCUGCAGCGGCCAAUUUUACGCACAUUUCGUCCUCAACCACACCGCAGUCAAUCAUUGGACUGCAUGGGGUUCAACAUUACAGGACCCUCGGGGGUGUCAUUUUUUACUGAUAAAAUUCAACCAGUCACUGUUCCCUGACAAUUUGCCUUGAAGUGUAUUCCACAAAGCUCCAUCAGCAGUGCGCGCUGCAUCCCCUAGUUCCCAUCGCUCUCUAGCGGCCAGUGGCAGAGCACUUUUUACGCGGCAUGUCUGCCGACAAAGUAUGUUAUAGCUUUCUGAUCUGAAUUAUUCAUUACAUACAAAGUUCGUCUGAAGUGUAUUAUAUUUGCAUUUCACUGAUGUUAUGGAAUGUCUGUAGUGCUUGUGCUCUUUGACAAACUCCGUGCAACACUGAGUGGCCAUCCAACCGCUGUUAGAGGAUGCUGAUUCAGUUAUCUUCUUGAUUGUAAUAAAUGUAGAAUAUAAGAUUGUGCAUCUAAUAUGAAAAUACAUGAAAGCCUGUCCAUUUUCAUCUUCAAAGGGCGUUCUGUGUAGAAUUGCCAAAGCUGUGACAUCUUUUUUUGCUUACCAUAACUGUGACUUUGUGGUGAUAAUAUUUUGUGGUGUUUAAAAAAUGGAAGAGGGAACUCAUAUGUUCAUAUUUAGUAGGCAAUUCAGAAUACAACAAUUUUUCUGUUAGAAUUUCAGAGGGGUUAGUAUUUUGCAUUAAAUUAUUUACAGUAUUUCGAAGCUCUGAUGCAAAACUAUCAUCAUAUCCAAAACACAACAAAGAAGCUCACAGUAAAUCAGUAGACACUUUACUUUUUUUUUUGCUUCCUAGAUGUUCAGAGUAUCAGCAGCAUUGACCAUGGCAGGGUUCUCCAACCCUGGUCCUGUGUGUUAGUGCUGGGCUGGAACAAAAGCCAGCACUUCCAGUAGUUCUCCAGGACCAGAUUUGGAGAACUCUGUAUGAAGGUAUCCGUUCAGCAUCUUUCUUUAACCCUAAUAGGUGUCAUGUUCUGUGUCAAGUAACUCCACAGUUCUCACCCUGUAUCUCAUCAGUAGUAUCGUGGCGCUUGCUUUAAUAUUCUCUCUAUGCACUAUAUUGCAGUUCCAGAUGUGCUUCCAGAUGUGCUCUUCUGUCUUAGUAGAAUGGUUGAGUAUGGCAUGCCGCACCUGUAUGCCAAGUAGAUUGUUAUCUGGAAAGGUAGGCUAGUAACCAACAGUAGUGGUGUUUUGGGGUGCGUCCCAUACACAUUGCCUGGAGAAGAGUUUAACGUCUUAAGAACCACUUCUUCAACAUGAUAUAUCAUCUUCUUAUCUAAACCGCACAUGCCUGCGUAGAAAUUGUGGGUCCACAUUGUUUUUUUGGGUGCGUUCCAGAUAGACAAACUGUGGGCCUCCCCUCGUGCAUCGCAGCCUACUUAGCUGGUGCUAAUUGAAGGAGGCCGACCUGACAUAUGACUAACUGUGAUAGUCAGACAGAGAGAGCAGGGUGAAUGAGCUCUCAGUCAGGGACCUGACCAGGCAGUCAACUGGCCAAAAACAGUUCACUUCCUCCUGCCCUUGAUGCAUCUACAAAUGAGAGAUAUGAAUGCCUGAGAGCAAACAAGAUAGCGGAAUGAUUUCUAGAAUAGAGGCCAGAAUGAUUUCUAUGUGUUCUAGAAUAGAGAUGCCAGAAUGAUUUCUAGGUGUUGCUAGAAUAGAGGCCAGAAUGAUUUCUAGGUGUUCUAGAAUAGAGGCCAGAAUUAUUUCUAGCGGGUCUAGACAUGUUUAAAAUAGUCUCUAGGUGUGAAUAACAGAUUGGAUUCCUAAUAAAGGGAAAGAAGGAUAGAUAAUGAAAUUAAAGGAGGGAGGAUAUAUGCUGAGGUUAAACACCACAGCGUUUGAUGAAGAAAUAAUCUUGGAAAGGCAAACUUUUUGUUUAGGUCUGUGCUCUAUGACUUGCAUGUUUAUCUUCAUCAUUCUGCUGUUAACCGUUUUGUUUAUAUCUACACAUGAUGUUCAAAAUAAUCAUGGUUGUUUUCAUCUUGUGGUCAAUGAUUUUAACUUUACAAGUGGUUCAAGCAGUUCAGGCAAUUGAAACCUUACAGUACAGACCUCACAGUACAGACCUCACAGUACAGACCUCAUGCAGGAACAUUUGUGUUGUGGGUAUUCAAGCCGCCCAAUUGAUGUUGGGCAAUUCCAUGGUAACAGAAUUACGCUGAGACUCAGAUUUUUCACUUUAAAAUGUAUACCAAAGAAAAACCAUUGAUUUCAAAGUUUAACAAACCAUAUCCACAAGGACUGCUUUUAACAAUUUCCACUGACAAUGUUACAAAAACCAAUUUCCAGGAAGAACUGUGAAGAUGCUAACUUUAGAUUUUACUGUAAUUCUGUUACCAAACUUAGCAUCUGCACAGUUUUUCCAGUAAGUGUUUUUUUUAAAUUUCCUAUGUAAAUUGUUCAAAGAAGUCUUUAUGCAAGAGUUGUAUGGUUUUUGUUUGGCAUACAUUUUAAAGUGAAAAUUCGUAGUCUUCGCCUAAUUCUGUUACCAUGGGAUUGCCCUGUUGUGUCAGUGCGAGCUAGGCAAGUGCAGGCAAAAUUCCUCUGUGUUAAAGGUUCAGUGAAUUAGGGGGCCUUGGCAGGAACACAUGUGGGCAAAUGGACAGCAGUUGUAAAGAUUGCUAAGAUAUGUCAAACACAAUCUCCGUGAUCUAUUGCAAUCUGGCAGCUAACCCUGAAGUGAAGGAGGGAAAAAAGGCCAACAACUCACCCAAGGCAUGAUAUGCCAGAGAACUAGGAGGAAAAAACACCUACUGUACACACUGAUAUGCUCCUUGUGUAGCUCUGCAGUGGUAAAUACUAAGACUUGCUCUUACCAUGUGUCGCAAUCCCAGAAGUUGCUCCUGAGAUGUUCCCCCAAAGAACUGAUAUAGGAUCUGCGUACCUGUAAGGGUUGGUGUGAGGUGUGACCCAGGUGCGGUACAGGUUAUAAUAAUAAUAUAAUAAUAAUGCCGUAACUUUAUAGGACUUACAGUGGAUUGUGAUGGUGGUCCGGAUGAACCACACCUUGGCGUUGCGGUUACAGCUGAGACAGUAGACCACGCAGACAGUAGGCAGAGAUGGUGAAACAAGGAACUUUAUUGAUGGUCCCGAAGCCAGGAUACAAAAUAACGGACGAACACUAAAAAGAAAGGCAGAGCAAAUAAGACACCAAAAAACAGGCAGACAACCAAAAAUACAAAAUACUAACUAUGACUGAAAUAAUAAAGAAACAGGGAGAACACUUCUCACGUACCUGUCCAUACGUCCCGCGAUCAGACACUGAUUAGUACUGCUUGGCAUAGUGAAACUAGCAGAGAAAACUGAGCAACGGAAGUGAGGGCAUAAAUACACAGGUGAAUCAGAUAGUCACAGGUGACACCAAUAGGAAGAUGAUUAGUCUCGACUGUGAGUGAGGAGGUGCCUAAGGUUGUUGGAGGAUGACACCUAGUGGGUCGCUCCGGAACUGCGACCCACUCCUGUAACACGUACCUUCCCCAAACCCUAACCUUAACCAUCAAGGGAGAUAAUUCCAAACUGACCAUAUAACAGUGUCUAGCUCUAGCAGUAGCAAUCCAAUCUGUACUAAAUGAGCUCAAAAUAUCUGACUCAGUCAGGUACUCCCUGUCAUUGCAUCAGGUAACAUGCAUGCCAUUCUCUGGCCUUUAACCCAGCUCUCGAGGAACACGUGCCCCAUUCCUACUAUACACCUGUCACCUGCAAGACUACUAUUUAGAGCAGGGCUGACCAAUCUGGGGCCCACAGCAUUUAUUAUAAAAGAAUUUGGAAGUCAUUCGGGGUCUCAACUUACUGUUGAGAGAUACAGUGAGGGGGAAAAAAGUAUUUGAUCCCAUGCUGAUUUUGUACAUUUGCCCACUGACAAAGAAAUAAUUAGUCUAUAAUUUUAAUGGUAGGUUUAUUUGAACAGUGAGAGACAGAAUAACAACAAAGAAAUCCAGAAAAACACAUGUCAAAAAUGUUUUAAAUUAAUUUUCAUUUUAAUGAGGGAAAUAAGUAUUUGACCCCCUCUCAAUCAGAACAAUUUCUGGCUCCCAGGUGUAUUUUAUACAGGUAACGAGCUGAGAUUAGGAGCACACUCUUAAAGGGAGUGCUCCUAAUCUCAGCUUGUUACCUGUAUAAAAGACACCUGUCCACAGAAGCAAUCAAUCAAUCAGAUUCCAAACUCUCCACCAUGGCCAAGACCAAAGAGCUCUCCAAGGAUGUCAGGGACAAGAUUGUAGACCUACACAAGGCUGGAAUGAGAAGGUAAGCAUUGUAGGAUUUUUUAUGAAUUUAUUUGCAAAUUAUGGUGGAAAAUAAGUAUUUGGUCAAUAACAAAAGUUUCUCAAUACUUUUAUAUACCCUUUGUUGGCAAUGACACAGGUCAAACGUUUUCUGUAAGUCUUCACAAGGUAUUCACACACUGUUGCUGGUAUUUUGGCCCAUUCCUCCAUGCAGAUCUCCUCUAGAGCAGUGAUGUUUUGGGGCUGUCGCUGGGCAACACGGACUUUCAACUCCCUCCAAAGAUUUUCUAUGGGGUUGAGAUCUGGAGACUGGCUAGGCCACUCCAGGACCUUGAAAUGCUUCUUACGAAGCCACUCCUUCGUUGCCCGGGCAGUGUGUUUGGGAUCAUUGUCAUGCUGAAAGACCCAACCACGUUUCAUCUUCAAUGCCCUUGCUGAUGGAAGGAGGUUUUCACUCAAUCUCACGAUACAUGGCCCCAUUCAUUCUUUCCUUUACACGGAUCAGUCGUCCUGGUCCCUUUGCAGAAAAACAGCCCCAAAGCAUGAUGUUUCCACCCCCAUGCUUCACAGUAGGUAUGGUGUUCUUUGGAUGCAACUCAGCAUUCUUUGUCCUCCAAACACGACGAGUUGAGUUUUUACCAAAAAGUUCUAUUUUGGUUUCAUCUGAACAUAUGACAUUCUCCCAAUCCUCUUCUGGAUCAUCCAAAUGCACUCUAGCAAACUUCAGACGGGCCUGGACAUGUACUGGCUUAAGCAGGGAGACACGUCUGGCACUGCAGGAUUUGAGUCCCUGGCGGCGUAGUGUGUUACUGAUGGUAGGCUUUGUUACUUUGGUCCCAGCUCUCUGCAGGUCAUUCACUAGGUCCCCCCGUGUGGUUCUGGGAUUUUUGCUCACCGUUCUUGUGAUCAUUUUGACCCCACGGGGUGAGAUCUUGCGUGGAGCCCCAGAUCGAGGGAGAUUAUCAGUGGUCUUGUAUGUCUUCCAUUUCCUAAUAAUUGCUCCCCACAGUUGAUUUCUUCAAACCAAGCUGCUUACCUAUUGCAGAUUCAGUCUUCCAAGCCUGGUGCAGGUCUACAAUUUUGUUUCUGGUGUCCUUUGACAGCUCUUUGGUCUUGGCCAUAGUGGAGUUUGGAGUGUGACUGUUUGAGGUUGUGGACAGGUGUCUUUUAUACUGAUAACAAGUUCAAACAGGUGCCAUUAAUACAGGUAACGAGUGGAGGACAGAGGAGCCUCUUAAAGAAGAAGUUACAGGUCUGUGAGAGCCAGAAAUCUUGCUUGUUUGUAGGUGACCAAAUACUUAUUUUCCACCAUAAUUUGCAAAUAAAUUCAUAAAAAAUCCUACAAUGUGAUUUUCUGGAUUUUUUUCCUCAAUUUGUCUGUCAUAGUUGACGUGUACCUAUGAUGAAAAUUACAGGCCUCUCUCAUCUUAUUAAGUGGGAGAACAUGCACAAUUGGUGGCUGACUAAAUACUUUUUUCCCCCACUGUAAUAUGAACAUGGCAUAAGUCAUAUCAAAACGUGUAGAACUGCAAGGAAUUAGCAUUCAAAGUGCCACAUUCUCUCCAUCCCAAAAUUAGUAGAAUCGCAUUCAAUUCGUUUUAAAACUGCAACAUUUCCUCUCUGCCCCAUGGAAACAUUUGUAGAAUUGCCGAAAAUCUGCUUUAAAACUGCAACAUUUUCUCCACCCCCCCUUGGCAAAAUGCCAUUAACUUUAAAGCUGCAAAUAUUUCUCUCCGCCGCCAAGAGGGGGGCCACUAAAAUGUUUUGCCUGCGAGGUGGGGGACUUAUGGACCCCAAAACCCUGCACACAUUAAAGUUAUUAGCCUUAUGAACAUAGAAACUUGGUUGCAGUUUCUAUGCUACAAUGGUAAAAAAUGUAAUACAUCUGGUAUUACUGCCCACUGGGCACAGAAGUCAUUUCAACAUCUAGUUUUGAUUUACAUUUGGUUGAGUUGUCAGCUAACGUGAAUUCAACAACAACCAAAAAUCACCACAUAAUUGGAUUUCGGUAAAAAUGUGUGUAAAAUAAAGUCAAAAUUCACUUGAGUUCAUUUGUAUUUGUAUUUGUAUUUAUUAGGGAUCCCCAUUAGCUGCUGCCAAGGCAGCAGCUACUCUACCUGGGGUCCAAACAUAUUAAAGCACCUACAUUACAUAUAAAACAAAAUGUAAAACAGUACUUCAUCUAACAUUAUUAUACCACUACAUAUCUACAAUACAAAAUGUUUAAUACCACCAUACAACAAUAUCACAAUGUAGGCGUAUGCAUGUGUCUGUACCUUUGUGUGUGUCUCUUCACAGUCCCCGUUGUUCCAUAAGGUGUAUUUUUACCUGUUUUUUAAAAUCUGAUUCUACUGCUUGCAUCAGUUACCUGAUGUGGAAUAGAGUUCCAUGUAGUCAUGGCUCUAUGUAGUACUGUGCGCCUCCCAUAGUCUGUUCUGGACUUGGGGACUGUGAAGAGACCUCUGGUGGCAUGUCUUGAUGACGUUUUGCAAUCAGUUUUCCAAUUAAUUCAACGUUAUCACAUUACAUUUUUUUGUUGUUGAAAUGACGUGGUAACAAUGUUGAUUCAACCAGUUUUUACCCAGUUGGGGUAAUCAGAAUGUGUGUCAAGUUAUAUGGCUAUGAUUUGAUUAAUGUUUGAAGUGACAUUUCAUAAUUACCUUCAAAAACGCUAUUGUUUCGACCAUGAAAAGCUAUUGUUCCUUAAUUUUUAAAAUAAUAUGUCAUUGUUUGGCCCGCGCCCACACUCAAUAUAUUUGCCCACAACCCAAAGUUGAGCACCACUGGUUAAGUAACCCAAGUCACCACUGACCUCACAUCGUGCCAACCCAAACCAUAAUGUGCUGGCUCAUAUAUGAUAUUUUCACAGGCUUUCCUGCUGUUCCAGCCUAUGUCAGUAGAUCUUCAGGCCAAAACACUAAUUCACUUGGUCAGCUUAGUCGUACUCACUUACAGCUCAUGCUGGUAGUCCUAGUAUGUACCCAACUUCUUCUCCUCUCAACCAGUCUGUUUUCAUCUCCUCCGUCCUCUGAGGUCAAGCUCUGUAAUUCAACAAGAGUUGAGAGUUAAGCCAUUUGACAUACUGCCCUACAAGUCAGUCACACAUGGCUUAAAUCAGCAGCAGCAGUCAGGACGCAUGAGGUUUCACUUUGUGCCCAGUCCAAGAUGACAGUUUAUGGUAAUGGGACGCUGCUCAGUUCCCCAUUUGUCUGUAGACUUCUCACAUACUGUGAUGACACUGUCCCUCAUUCAAAGACACUGACCUACCCUGGGCAUUUUAUAGCCUCCUUAUAGCAGAGGCUGGACAAAUGUAUGCAGGACUUUAACCUGAGACCAACAUUUUGGAAAAGUCUGAAUGAUAACACUUUCCUGUAAACAUUUUGCUUACAUAAAACGUUAAUAAUUUCGACCUGAGCAGGGGCCAACCUCCACACCAACCAACAGAGAAAUUGGAUGUUAUUCACAUUCUGGCAGGGCUUUUUUCUGAGCCUAUGGAAAUAUCUCUGACACAAGGCUUGCUAUCUGAGUAGGAUGUAUAGGCCUACAACCAGACGGUUUUGCAAUCCCUUUCUAAUCCUACCAUCAGUCAUAAUGAAAGCUCAGCCUUUCCCUGUUUCUAACACAGUCGACCCUGUGAACCACGUGGGUCGACAGAUAGGCCUAUCUUCAACACGAAGCAUAAUUAAGGUGAAUUUGAGACAUGUUGCAAAUUUGUCAGUGCCAGUGCCGCUUACUCAUCUUACUCAUUUGGCUGUGUUCGUAUUGUCAUGGCCAGACAGUCAGCUGGAGGUCUCUUUGAAUAUUGAUAAUGUUGCCAAAUUGUUUUGUCCUUUUAGUCAUAGUACAAUGAAGAAACUGUCCUCCUUCUGCGGAGAGAGUGAGAACAAGAAGUGCGCAGCUUCUGGCAUUGCGUGCAAACCUUGGUAUGCUUGACGUCUCAUUUGAUUAUUUUUUCCCGCCAAGAGAGUGCACAGGCCUGCUUGUUGCCUGUAAUGUUUAUUAUUGAGUUGAACAUCUGUAGCAUUUUGUCACCAUCCAAAUGCUUUGUUGGCUAUUUGGUAUCCUCAUUUGGUAGUUGGAUAGAAGUCAUUAUUUUAAUACAAUUCUACACAACUUCAUGCACACAAUUUAGAAGACUACAAACAGUUAAUAUAGUCUGAAGAGCUAUAUUUGUUUAAAUGUAAGCAGUAGUCCCUCUUUAUAUAUAUAUGAGAGAGAGAGAGAGAAGAGAGAGAGAGAGAGAGAGAGAGAGAGAGAGAGAGAGAGAGAGAGAGAGAGAGAAAGAGCGAGAGAUCAUCGUCUCACUAGAGGAGAGCAGAAUAGAGAGGAGGAAGAUAGAAGAGCUAGACUGGAUUGAUGUCAGAUAUAGAAGUAGGAUCCCCAUUUACACAGUAGCCAUGAAUGUAAAUGAUACGUACAACAUGAUAGGGACCUCGUCCGCCAUUGUUGGGCGCUAGUGUGACUGGGUGAUGAUGCACCUUUUGCACAUUGUUAAAGGUUGAAAACCACUGUGCUAACUGAUUGUAUGGUUGUCUCCCAAAUGGCAACCUAUUCCCUAUAUAGUGCACUAUAAAGUCAAUGUUGUGCUCAUUUGGGACACAUACUAAGUGAAAUGUCUAAACUGACUUUUCUCCUUCUGUGCCACAUCAUCUCCCUCCGUUUACCUGCAGAGAUCCCAGGGGUGAGCUCAGGGUGCCAGGGAGGCUGUCUGACCUGCUCUGAUUACAAUGGCUGCCUGUCCUGUAAGCCCCGCCUCUUUAUCUUCCUGGAGAGAAAUGGGAUGAGGCAGAUCGGGGUGUGUCUGCCCUCCUGCCCCAGCGGCUUCUACGGCACCCGCUCGCCAGACAGAAACACAUGCACAAGUAAGUUGCAUGGCUAUCACCAAAGAUGUUUAUAGCCUACCUUUACUUUUACACUAAGGGCCGGUUUACAUAGACAGAUUAAGCCUAGUCCUAGACUAAAAAGCUAUUUCAACUGAGAAUCUCCAUUGAACAUACUUUUUAGUUCGGGACUAGGCUUAAUCUGUGUCCGGUAAACCAACCCAUUUUAGUGUAUGUAUUAAGUCUUUUGGUAUCACUGCAUGCCAGUCACUCCAAAUACAUUAUUUUGUACACUAAAAUCUCAUAAAGAGAUGUGCAUCUAUGUGCAGCCAAUUUUCCUGUUUUAGAGUGUUGCUCAUUCUGACACACUGCAUGUUCAACAAAUCACUUCUAGAGCAACAUAAACGUGCAGGCUGUUGGCUCACUGACCGUGUGUUUCAGAGUGCAGGCCGGAGUGUGAUUCUUGCUUCAAUAAGAACUUUUGCACGCGGUGCCGAGCAGGUUACUAUCUCCACCUGGGCAAGUGUCAGGAGAGCUGCCCAGAGGGCCUGGUCUGCAGCGACACACAAAGGGAAUGUGUUCCCAGUGAGUAGAAUAUUAAACUAUUACAUUAUUAUCAAGUCCUGAUGGUGUUGGUGUUAGACACGUUACAAAGAGGGGCAUAGUGUAGUGUAUUAGUGUUACAUAUUUGUUUCUAUGUCUCAAUCACACAAUGUAAAAUGCGGAGUUAAAAUAGCAUAUCGUAUUGCAUUUGGUUUUCUUAGAAUGGAAGAAUGCAGUUACAUUUAAUUGUGUUGUGUGUGUGUUGAUGUGAUUUGACUCCAGUGCAGGUGUAAUAUUUAUGUAUGUGCUGGUCUUUCAGAGUGUCCUGCGGAGUGUGAUGCCUGUCUGAUCAAUGACACGUGUACGAGGUGCAGACCAGGCCUGUACCUGCUGCUGGGGAAGUGUCACCACGUCUGUCCAGAAGAGUUUGAACCAAACGACAAACUCAUGGAGUGUUCCCUUCAAGGUGAGCUCCAGAACAAGGAGGAGAGAGUGUUUAUCAGUGGAGGCUGGUAGGGAAAUCUGAGGAUGGGCUCAUUUGGCUGAAAUGAAAAGGUAUGGAAUACAUCAAACACAUGGUGUGUUUAGUAUCCAGCCAUAACAAUAAGCCUAACCUCCGAUUUAAAGUGGCACUAGCCUCCACUGGUGUUUACUUAAAAUGUUUGCUUUACAGUGUCUUUGCCCAUCUAUACGUGAAUGUUGGUUGUGAAUAUCUUUUGCCUCUUGUAACACACAGCAUGUGUCUCCCCCUCUUUCUUAAUCAUUUGUGCAGUGCACUGCGAGGUGGGUGAGUGGGGCGAGUGGAGCCCCUGCUCCCGGUCAGGGAAAACCUGUGGAUUUAAAUGGGGUGAGGAGACGAGGACCCGGGAAGUUGUCCAAUUCCCUUCCGCCUACGGAAAACCCUGUCCCACCAUCUCAGAAAAUAAAGAGUGUGUCCUCAAGAGGAGGCAAUGUCCAGGUAAAUACAAUAAUACCUAUAUGGUGAUCAUCAGUAGUAGGACAGCUCACUAUCUCCAUUGUGAGUACAGUUGUAGGCUAGAGUUCCAGAACCAACUUUGUCUCUAGACUAUAAUCUGAAAUUACUGGUCAGUCUUCUGCCACUCCUCUCCCCUCCUUAAGGGACCUGAAUUGUUGACUUUAAGGAUAUGCAUUGUGGAUGAUGGUGAAACGCCUGUGUGUUGUCGCUCCAACGUUACAGAUUAUAAAAUAUGUCAAAGCACUCGAUUUUUCCUCGUAAAUCUUGAUCUGAUGAUUUCUAAUGAAUGAGCAAAAAUAUGUUUUAAACCGAAGCUAAACAGAAACAGAGUGUUUGUAAGAAGGGGGGAGGGGUGGGGACUCAGAAAAACAUAUUUGCUUGUUGCUUAUUAUAUUUGUGUGUGUGGUUUGUUAGUCAUUGGUGGCUGAGGGGAGACUGAUCUUUCAGCAGGCCCUGACUGUAGUGUUAAGGGACAGAUAGCAGGCCCUCAGCCCCCCAGGCCCUCAGCUCCCCAGGCCCUCAGCUCCCCAGGCACUCAGCUCCCCAGGCACUCAGCUCCCCAGGCACUCAGCUCCCCAGGCCCUCAGCCCCCCAGGCCCUCAGCCCCCCAGGCCCCAACCCCCAGGCCCUCAGCCCCCCAGGCCCUCAGCCCCCCAAGGCCUCCAGGCAGCUUUACUUACAGCACAAACACAACCUCUCAGUAGUGAUUCAGCAGAAAAGUUUACUGUGAAGCAGAAACACACAGACUCCUCAAACAUCCUCCCUUGGGGAGCCAUGAGGCGACGGGGGGAAUCAGAAUUAGUUUAGACUAAUAACAGCAGCUGCCAACACACACACAUGCACACCAACUUGUCCCUUUAAAAACCAUAGGCAGUCAUUUGUAAAGAGUCAACUGGUUGGGUUGAAUUUAGGCUGUGAAAUGUGGCCUCUGCUCCUCCCUCUGUCUGUUGUCUUUCUCUCUAUCUCCCCCUUUUUCUCUACCCUGCUGUUACUCUCUCUUGCACACCCCAAGAAAAUACACCACCCCUCCUUCCUCCUGAAUGGGGCUCCUGUUCCCCUGUCCUGUGCUGGGGUGGGGGGCUUAGUUUGGAGUUGGUGCUGUGUUGAUCCGCCUGGCGGGCCGGAGCGGGGUGGAGGCAGGCCAGAGCUGUGGGUGGGUGGGUGUUACACACUGCAGGCCGAGGCCCGGUUAUCACACACACACACACACACACACACACACACACACACGGUUAUCGACCUUGCCCCUGCGUGUGAUUACCCAGCUGCUUCCCCCGGGUCGGCCGGCCGGCUCCUGGAACAUCCAGUGAGCAGGGCUAAUUAUCUGCUCUGGCGCGUCCCCUCCGCUCCGUGUUUACGUUCCGCAUACGCCACGGGGUCAGUGGUCCGACCUCCGCCAGCUCGCACUAAUCCCCACCAGCCCCUCAGACACUGAUACAUCCUCCUCCCUCUAUCCCUUCACCCCUCCAUCACUCCCCAAGGGCCUCCGUCCAUCCCCAGACCAUACCAGGUUUAUUUGUUAUUUCUCCAUCCAAGUUUUGUCUUUCUCUAGAAAGCUCUCUCACUCUUCCCCGCUCCCUCCAGCUCUCCCUUAUGGCUGUUGUUUUCUAACUUCUUCUCUUUUGGCUCUCUCCAUUCUGUCUUUUCUGUUUUUAAGCAGAACAUUGUAACCUCCCUGUCACCCCCAGUCUUCCCCCUCCUUAUGAAUCAGAGAGCAGGAAUUCUCAAUCUGAAUCAAGGGGGUUUUACGCUCCUUAUCAUAAAAAAUGACAACAGGAGCUGGUUCAAUACAUAGAGAAAUAUGGAAUGUCACUGAAUGAAUCACGGGGCAAGAACCCUCAAUCUUCCUCUUUAACACAACUCUAAUUUGGUCGUUCCAUCUCUAGUAAGCUCUGUUGAGCUACAGUAGCCAGAGGUGUCAUGUAAUUUCAGUGUACAGUGUCCUCCUCCCCCUCCUUCAACAUUGCUUGGUCGUCGUAAAUGUUUACAUACGUGUCAUCGCCCGCUGCCUGCCUGCUGUCUCCUUUGUGUUAACAACGUCGGCUAAUUUGUCCUCCAAACCACCAUUCCCUAUCUAUCUAACCCAGCUAUAUGGAAGCCCCCUCCCGCUACCCAGUGAGGGGGAGCGGGCCAGGCGUCCCGUAGCCUUCAAAUCACCGGGCAUUUCUCCUGUGGGACAGCUCAGAGCCUUUAAUCCCAGCCUGGCUCCCGCCAAAAGCCCCCUGGACGACAGUGCGCCUGCCAUGGAGGAUGUUGCCCCCUCUGCGUCAUUAGACUAAUUAUGCUCCUGCACAUCCCCUCUCUGACAGUGGGCCAAACUGUUUCCCCGCACACACACACAGGCACCCUAACACACACACACACCCAGUCUGCACUCCAGUGAAGAGUGCUGAGCACUGAGCAGCAUGAUGUCUAGUACUUUAUGCAACCAAUGCACUGUAGGGUUAUCAGUGUAAAUGCACUGCAUAGGAGUGUGUGUUCGAGGGUGAUCCCCAGAGACAAUUUCAGCUGUUUUCUUACACUCAACUCUAUCUCUUUAUUUUUCUUUCUCUGUCUAUCUCUCCCCAAAUCUAUGUUAAAAUUGUAAAUAAUCAAUACCAGAUGACAGUUCAAUGAAAGUAUCAAUUCAGCUGAGAUAUCUAGCUAGGGCUAAGCAACGUGAAAGCCAAGCACUUGAAUAAUCUCCUGUGAAGUUGCAACACUUUUGAAAGCUGUCCUUAGUUACAGGAAUCUUAUAAUCCAGCUCUGUUGAUAUUACUUUUACAGUCAUUUUUCACAGUCCUAUUUUACAGUUUAUAUAAACCACAUGCCUGAACCUGAUCAUACUUUAUGUGGACACACGUCUCAUCAAAAUGUUAGUUUUACAAUAGCCGCACCCCCAUAUUCACACACACACACACAAACCAUAAAAAAAAACACUUCCAGUCAUCCACUGCAGUGUAGCGGUGAUGACCAUGCUGGUAAGAAUGUGCUAAAUCUCUGUUGAGAGUGUUUUAAUUCAAGUGUCUCCUUCGGGUCGACUGCAUCGCUGGACAGUUUAUAGAAUUCAGACACAGUUCCAACAGACAAAAGAGCUCUCUGAUAAACAUACCCUGUAAUCACCUCAACACGAGCACAGAUAAAAUUGUGCCUUGGUUUUUAGGAAACCAGAGAUUAUGACUAAGCCACUGAUCUUUAAAUGGUUAUGACAAACAAAACAAUGUGUGUAGAGGGGACUUCCUGUGUUGAAAGAGCCAGAGGUGGGGUGGGAUGGGGGUUGGAGUCAGAUUCAGAAUGCUGCUCAUCUCUUUCUAUCAUUCUCUCUCUGUGUGUCUCUCUCUAUCUCCCUGUCUCUCUGUGUGUGUGUCUCUCUCUAUCUCCCUGUCUCUCUCUGUGUCUCUCUCUAUCUCCCUGUCUCUCUCUAUCUCCCUGUCUCUCUCUGUGUCUCUCUCUAUCUCCCUGUCUCUCUGUGUGUGUGUCUCUCUCUAUCUCCCUGUCUCUCUCUGUGUGUCUCUCUCUAUCUCCCUGUCUCUCUGUGUGUGUGUCUCUCUCUAUCUCCCUGUCUCUCUCUGUGUGUCUCUCUCUAUCUCCCUGUCUCUCUCUGUGUGUCUCUCUCUAUCUCCCUGUCUCUCUCUGUGUCUCUCUCUAUCUCCCUGUCUCUCUCUGUGUGUCUCUCUCUAUCUCCCUGUCUCUCUCUGUGUGUCUCUCUCUAUCUCCCUGUCUCUCUCUGUGUGUCUCUCUCUAUCCUCUUCCCUCCUCUCUCUCUGUGUGUGUCUCUCUCUAUCUCCCUGUCUCUCUCUGUGUGUCUCUCUCUAUCUCCCUGUCCUCUCUUGUGUGUCUCUCUGCUCUUCUCCCUGUCUCUUCUGUGUGUCUCUCUCUAUCUCCCUGGUCUCUCUCUCUGUGUGUCUCUCUCUAUCUCCCGGUCUCUCUCUGUGUCUCUCUCUAUCUCCCUGUCUCUCUCUGUGUGUUUCUCUCCUCUACUCCCGUCUCUCUUCCUCUCUCCUUUCUCUCUCUCCUGUCUUCUCUGUGUGUUCUCUCUCUCUCCCCUGUCUCUCUCUCUGUGUGUCUCUCUCUAUCUUCCCCUGUCUCUCUCUGUGUUGUCUCUCUCUAUCUCCCUGUCUCUCUCUGUGUGUCUCUCUCUAUCUCUUCUCUCUCUGUGUCUCUCUCGUGUCCUGUCUCUCUCUCUCUCUCCCCCUGUCUCUCUCUGUGUGUCUCUCUCUAUCUCCCUGUCUCUCUCUGUGUGUCUCUCUCUAUCCGUCCUCUUUGUUCUCUCUCUUCUCCUCCCCUCCUCUCUGUCCUCUCCUCUUCUCCCUGUCUCUCUCUUGUGUUCUCUCUCUCUCUAUCUCCCUGUCUCUCUCUCUGUGUGUCUCUCUCUAUCUCCCUGUCUCUCUCUGGUUCUCUCCUGUCCUCUCUGUGUCUCUUCCUGUGUCUCUCUCUAUCCCUGUCUCUCUCUGUGUCUCUCUCUAUCCUGUCUCGUUCUCUCUAUCUCCCUCUCCAUCCUCCCUGUCUCUCUCCUCUUCUCUCUCGUGUGUCUCUCUCUAUCUCCCUGUCUCUCCUCUCUAUGUGUGUCUCUCCUUUCUCCCUGUCUCUCUCGUUGUCUCUAUCUCCUGUCUCUCUGUGUGUCUCUCUCCUAUCUCCCUGUUCUCUCUCUGUGUCUCUCUCUAUCUCCCUGUCUCUCUCUGUUGGUCUCUUCUCUUCUCCUGUCCUCUCUCUGUGUCUCUCUCCUCUCUUCUCUGUGUCUCUCUCUAUCUCCGUCUCUCUUGUGUCUCUCUCUAUCCUCCUGUCCUCUCUGUGUGUCUCUCUUAUCUCCCUGUCUCUCUCUGUUGUCCUUCUCCAUUCUCUCCUGUCUCCUCUCCUCUGUGUGUCUCAUCUCUUCUCCCUGUCUCUCUCCUGUGUGUCUCUCCCUAUCUCCCUGUCUCUCUCUGUGUCUCUCUCUCCUAUCUCCCCUGGUCUCUCUCUGUGUCCUCUCUACUAUCUCCCUGGUUCUCUCUCUGUGUCUCUCUCUAUCUCCCUGUCUCUCUCUGUGUCUCUCUCUAUCUCCCGUCUCUCUACUGUGCUGUCUAUUCCCUUCUCUCUCUGUGUCCUCUCUUUCCUCUAUCUCCCUGUCUCUCUCUGUGUGUCUCUCUCUAUCCCCUGUCUCUCUCUGUGUCUCUCUCUUCUCCCUGUCUCUCUCUGUGUGUCUCCUCUCUAUCUCCCUGUCUCUCUCUGUGUGUCUCUCUAUCUCCCUGUCUCUCUCUGUGUGUCUCUCUCUAUCUCCCUGUCUCUCUCUUGUGUCUCUCUCUAUCUCCCGGUCUCUCUCUGUAUCUCCCUGUCUCUCUUUCUGUGUGUCUCUCUCUAUCUCCCUCUCUCUCUCUCUAUCUCCGUCUCUCUCUGUCUCGAUCACUCUCUCGCUCUGUCACUCUCUUGCUCUCUCUGUGUGUCUCUGUUCCAGUUUCUUUCUCUCUCUCACUCACUUUCACUAUCUAGUUAUCUCUCGCUCUCUCUUGCUCUCACUUUCUCUCUAUCCCUCUCUACACCCCCACACAUUGUUUGGACCCUACACUCCUGCUGCAGGAGCAACCCACCAACCCUCUUUCAAUAACGCCUCUUUCACACUGCACUAUACACACACUCACACCCUACAAUCUGCCUGGCCUUGUGGGAUGUAUGGGGGCCUCUCCUCCUCUCCUGCCCAGAGCUCAGAUAGUUCAGAUACAGAUUACGGCUGGGGAGCGUUAGCACUAGCGCCAGCGCCAGUUUUGUCUCACCUUUGAGGCUGGUGGGCUUUCAUUAUUCCUGCAGACCAGAGCCAGGGAAGACUAAACAGAGUUGGAUGGUAGGGCCCUAUAUCGCACUUGCUGGACCCCAGGAAUGUGUGGGUCAGCGUUGGGCUGGAACGUGCUGCGAGCCCUUCUCUGCCUGGUCUGGAUGGAGCGGAGCUCAGAGCAUGGCUCGGCUGAUUAAUGGACACAGGCUGAAGGGGGGCCAGGGGGAGAGAGGGGCUCCGUGCCUACCUCAGCAGUUUCGCAAUCCUGCUGCUUACACAUGGACAGCACAACAUGAAGAGGGCCAGUCUCUCUCUCUCUCUCUCUCUCUCUCUGAGGUGUUUUAUAUUAAUGAUGUGGGGCUUUUUCAGCUUUCAGUGGUAAACUCUACAACAUUCCAUGAAAUUGAUUUGUUUAUGAGAUGGCGCAAGAGCAGAUACACUGAAGUUUAUUUAAAGGCUUUCUAUUUUUGACAAAGCCUAUCAGUGGAGAAUUGCAACAGCUGAAAUAAGCCUUGCUCACAGGGUGUGGCCACUGUCUGUGAUGCAAGGCUGACCUCUAGUGGUAAAUAGGGAGAACACGUUUGUACUAUGCCAUAUUACAGAGUUACUCCCCGGACAGACAGCAGGUACCUGACUAAGACUAGUGCACACUGAUAAAUUGGUAUACAAGAGAGAUUCUUGACAUGAUCGUCACACCCAUUCUCUCUUCAUGUUCAUCUUAUUCUGUAUAUCUUCAUCUGAAAGUGCAGCUCCUGCCAUGACCCUCAACCAGCUCUCUGUGUAAAGUCAUGUAGAUAAUUUGAAAAUAUCAGAGUUUAAUCUACAACAGAAAUCAUUAUAAAGAGAGAUUGAGCUGUUGACUAACAAGUAUUUUCUGUAAUGUGUUUUUUCCAUCUCUAGGGCAAGGCAAGGGGAGGAAGGGUGAGCGGCGGGGCGAGCGUAGAAAUCGGGACAACCGCCGGGACAAGGACAACCAGGGGGAAGGCCGGCGGGAGAGGAAGAAGGACAGGGAGAGGGGGGAGGCAGGUGACCGGGAGGACUCUGAGAACAGGAACAAGACAGAGCAAAGACGCCAGAGAGGCCAAAACAGAGACCCUGUUGUCUCACCUGAGGGAGGAGGUCUUGCACAGUAA